UGUGUGUGGCUUGGUGGAGGGUGCCUGAGGAGACACAUCUCGGAUACCAUUUGGGGCUAGUCUUUCUGAGUUCUAUACAUCUCUGAAUAAUUCUCAUCAUUAUCAUGGAGCCCAACAGCCCCAAAAAGAUACAGUUUGCUGUGCCUUUAUUCCAGAGUCAGAUUGCACCUGAGGCAGCAGAGCAGAUCAGGAAAAGAAGACCUACACCAGCAUCGCUUGUGAUUCUCAAUGAACAUAACCCCCCAGAAAUAGAUGACAAAAGGGUGACCAACAACACACAAGGAGAAUCACAGAAUGCAUCCCCUAAGCAAAGGAAGCAGAGUGUGUACACACCACCCACCAUGAAAGGGGUUAAGCAUAUGAAAGGCCAGAAUGAAUCAGCAUUCCCUGAAGAAGAAGAGGGUGUAAAUGAGAGAGAGGAGCAGUGGGACCAUUAGUACCAGUCUGCAGCAAGAAGGCUUCUGGGGAAUAACCAAACUAGGAACUUUUCUGGAUAUCCCAUGGAACACCACUGCUUGACUUCCAGAAGCAUCCUCCAGCUCUGCACUGCAAUCCUACCGUAGAAAUGCACCACCUGGAAGCCCCCACAACUGAACUCUAGAACCAAGUACAAGUUGAUUCACAUCACGAUUAAAUAGCAAGCAUUUAUUUUACAGUGAUUUUUCUUUUGAAUUACAUAGGAACUUGUGAACAUAUGGAGUGUUCUAACUUUAAAACUGCCAGAGCUUGACCCCUCAUAUCCUACUGAUAUGAUUUGCAUUCCGAAGUUAAAUGUAAAUAGCAUCACUUUAUGAGUAAAAAAUAAAUACUAAAUACACUUAGAAUGAGUGUGUGUGGGGUUAACUUAAAGAAGAAUGUCUAAUGGAGUCUUUAAGUUCUGUGCUUAUCAUGUUUCUGUAAAAAGAACAGAAAAAAGUUUACUUUGAAAAGAUUAAGAAAAAUCAGAUUUCUUGAUCCAAAAUACUACAUCAGAUACUAAAUAUUUUUCCUUCCAAUAGCACAUUAAUGGUUAAAGAACUGUAGAAUUCUUUUCCUUUUCUAAGCUGUGUGAUAUGUAUUUCCCAGCAUUUUAUCUGAAUACUAAAAGAGAAAAAUAUUAAGUCUAUAAUGAAAUAUGUCAAGUCUCCUCUAGCCCCUUUCUAUUACUUGAAAUUUCAAUGACCAAUUCCUAUUGCAUUUAAAUAAAUUUUCUGUAUCAUAAAAUAUGAAAUUCCAUUAAUUCUUCCAUAUAUCCACUCACUCACUUAUUAGUUCAACAACUGUUUGUUUCUGAGCUUAUCCCUAGGAAGGUACUCUGCUGGGAGUUAGGAAAAUAAAGAAAAGAUAAUCCCUCUUGUGUAGAACUGGUUUUUAUAUAAAGUAAGGUUUUAUGGGACAGUGUGACUUUUUGUAACUCAAAGUUCUGGACUUUUGAACAAUUUCAAUUAUUCUUAAUAUUUGAAUGUAAAGUUUAGCAGGGAUAGAGGAAUGUCAGUUUGGUUCCUACGGUGAUGAUAUUAGUGAGGUUCAAAUGCUUCAUGAAAGGAAAACAAAACAAAUCUCAAAAAUCAAUAAAGGAGAAAUUAAGAUAGGAAAAAAGGGGGAAAUUCACUGUGAAAUCUUGAUGUCAAGAAGUAAAAUAAUUGUUUUUAAGUUUGAAUAUGAACUUUAUAAUGAUUAAGAAGAGACUUGUGGAAAGCUCUAAUACAAUGCAGCAAAAAAUAGCAUUUUCCUUGAAAAUAAAUGCAAAACUCACUGAUAAGUAAUAGCAUGACUAUGAAUGAAUACUCUCCUCCCUCUCUUCCUUGCUCUUUCUCUUCUUCCCUCAUUCUUCUUUUUCCUCUCUCUCUACUCCCGACCCCACAUUUUUUUUUUGUUAAACCAGUUUUUCCCAAAACAUUUUGGAGUUUCUAAGCCACCUGCUAUGACUGUCUGAUUUCCCAAGUUUCUCUUUACUUAAAACCUGAUUAAGGUUCAUAUUUGUUUUAAGUGAUUUUGAAUUAUUUGUUUGGAAAACAUCCUGACACUCCUUGAAAGUAUUUGAGAUACCCUGGAUUAAAAAAAAAAAAAAAUUGCCCCUCCCUUUCCUUGAAUAGACACUUUUAUAAAUGUUGUUUUUUUUUUCCCCAAAAGAAUUUAGGCAAAUAAAAAGAAACAGAAGAUUUUGCUGAUUUUGUAACACUCUUUGUAGAAAUAAACAGCUUGACUUCUGGAUCCUUCUAUUCUGUUCUCCAUUCUCAGGACAUAAAGAGAUCAAAAUUAAAAGCAUAAGUUUUUCUUGGGAUACGUUGGUUUCUUCUAUUCUGUUCCCCACUCUCAAAGCACAAAAGGAUCACAAUUAAAAGCGUAAGUUUUCCUUGGGAAAUAUGUUGAUUUUCUCAGAAAUGGAAUGAAACUGCUCAGAUAAUGAGUUCUUAGU